AUGGCGCACCCGUCUGUGUCCACCUGGCUUUUUGCUGCUGCUCUUUUCGCCUUCAUCGGAGUCCGUGUCCAUGCCCAGCCUUCCCCCGAUGUGCAGAAGAGAAUUUCCGCUGCUAUUGCGACUGCAGGAACCGGAUCCGGGAUUGAUUAUACUGCGUUUGUGAACCCUUUUAUUGGAACAGAUAAUUUUGGCGAUGUCUGCCCUGGGGCCUCGGUCCCAUUCGGAAUGGUCAAGAUCACCACUGAUAUGACUGGAUAUGCGCCUGCUGGCUAUGUAACCGACAACACUCAGUUCGUCAGAGGCAUGAGUCCCUUGCAUGACAGUGGAACAGGUUCAUCUUUAGGCACGUAUGGAAACUUUGAGAUCAUGCCCCUGCUCUGUCCUGGCGGUUUCGACACCUGCACAACCCGACUCGCCGCGCGUGAGCGUCUGCGCAAGAAUAACACUGACGAUGCGUCGCCCGGCUACUUUGCGUUGACACUGGACAACGAGAUCAAGAUGGAGGCGACGACGACGCGGCGGGCCGGCCUAGAGCGCUUCACGUUCCCGAAAGGCUCGACGCCAUAUUUCGUACUCGACCUCGCGAACGAUCUACCCGCGUCGUUUGCUGGCGGGUCGUUGGACAUCGAUCCGGCCUUGGGAAGGAUUACGAUUGGUGGACACUGGGGCUCGAGCUUCGGCCCGGGCGCGUUCCACUACCAGGCCUUCGCUUGCUACGAUCUUCUGGACGGUGGUAGUCAGAAACUAGACCAGUAUGGAGUGUGGACCGGAGAUCCAUACGGCCUCGAUGCAAAGGGCCUCGGCCUCACGCACCUCAACCUCUCUGUCGACCUCAUCGGCGGGACGCCCUACGAGUCUGGUGCGCUCUUCUCGUUCGCUGGAAAGCCUUCCGAAGUCACGCUCCGCGUCGGCGUGUCAUUCCUCUCUACGGCCCAGGCGUGCGCGAAUGCGGAGACCGAGAUCGGCGGCGCGAGCUUCGAGCAGGUUGAAGCGCAGAGCAAGGCACUGUGGAACGAGAAGCUGAGCAAGGUAGAGAUAGACGUUCCGAACACACCGCCGAAUGUGACGGAGAUGUUGUAUUCGUCGCUGUAUCGCGCAGCGCUUACCCCAAACAAUGCUACCGGCGAGGCUCAAGGCGUUUUCGAGAACACAACAUCGUUCUACUUCGAUUCGUUGUACUGCAGCUUGCACUCUCCCGUGGACUUUGCCCAAAUAGUCGACAGCUACAUCGACGGCUACCGCAAGAACGGCUGGAUGCCCGAGUGUCGCGCGAACAAUCUCCCAGGCUGGACGCAAGGAGGCUCAAGCGGAGAUGUCAUCGUGGGACAUUUCGCGGUUAACUACCACAACGAGGCUGCUGCCCUCGGAAUCGACCUCAAUGAGCUCUACGCCGCGCAAGUCGCGGACGGCGAGGUCAACCCUCCAGAAUGGAACAUUCAAGGUCGGCAAGUGAACGUGUACAAGCAAUACGGAUACGUGCCAUUUGAGGCCCUCGACACUAUGAGUACCGGGCGGCAAACACGAGAAGGGAGUAGAACACUUGAAUACGCAUUUGAAGAUUUCGCCAUUCGCCAAGUAGCUCAACUACUUGAUAAACCGAACGAUGAAGCCAAAUAUGCCAACCGUUCUCUUUUCUAUAGGAAUAUCUGGGAUCCAAGCGUGAAGAGCGAUGGGUUCUCAGGCUUCAUGCAAAAGCGACUCAUGAACGGAUCUUUCGCGUAUAACAACCCGAUCGACUGCUCGCCGAAUGAUCAAAAUGACACACGGUCGUGUUCGUUGCAAGCGAACAACCUGAAUGGAUUUUACGAAUCGUCUUCAUGGGAGUAUAGCUGGUUUGUUCCACACGAUACAGCGCAUCUUAUUGAGCUCAUGGGUGGAAACAAAACGUUCGUGACGCGGUUGGACCAUUUCUUCGAUGCCGGAUAUUACCUGGCGGGAAAUGAGCCGUCCUUCCAAACCCCGAUCGGUUACCAUUAUGCUAACCAGCCCACUAAAUCCGUGGACCGCGUGCGCGAUGUCGUGUUCUCCAACUUCGAUAUCACUCCUGCUGGCCUUCCCGGCAAUGAUGACCAAGCAGCUAUGGCCACCCUCCUCUCAUUUCACCUUCUAGGUCUCUACCCUGUGCCAUCGACCACUGAAUUGCUUGUGCUGUCCCCAUUCACCCCGAGAUACACCAUCCACAACGAUUACCUCAAUGUCAGCACGACAGUCAUUGCCAAGAAUUUUGACCCCAAGUCCGUCAACGGCACCAUCCCUAAAGGCACGGCGGCGUACGUCAAGAGCGUCACCAUAAACAAUCAGACGUCCGCCUCCCAUUGCCACUUCGACAUCUACGAUACGUUCAGAGUCGGAGGCGAGAUUAUCAUCGAGCUAACUGCGGACAAAAAUUCUGUGAAUAAUUGUGGCGCUUCCGUGCCGCAGUCGCUGUCUACGGGUGGGUUCGCGCAGGCAAGGUGA